GGCAGCGCCGCCGUCAACGGGACACACGGGGGACUGCAGAGACUGCACGGGACACGGACGGCUCACGGCGAAGCGAAAGCGACGGACGGAGAAGAGAGUGCGAGGAGAGCAGCGCGCGAGCGUAGCGCCGCCUUCGUCAGCGCGACCGCCAUCGCAACGAGGUGCGCUGUGUUCUGUUCUGUUCUGUUCGUCGCAACUAGCCACGAAGAGAUGCCCGUAGGUUCGAGAUCGAUCAAUUCGGGUUAUUGUGCGACGAGUAUGGAGGUAUUAUCGCCAUCGAGCCAGUAACGCGAGCGAGCCAGCGUACCGUACCCAGCACGCGCCGUCCGUCUCCGUUCGCGCGAGAGCGAACGGCGCAUCGCUCCACCACGCUCACACAUCGGGUCAGCUGCUGCUGUUGCUGCAUCGCGCUGCCUAUCUUACGCUGGAUCGUUGGUGUGUGUACAUUAAUCGUCUCGCCGCCGCCGCCGCCACCGUGACCGUAACCGCGAUCGUGAUACUUCCAUCGAGGUGCGCCGUGCAGACUUGUGUACGAUGGAGCUACGUGUCGGUAAUAAGUACCGGCUAGGACGGAAAAUCGGGAGCGGCUCCUUUGGCGACAUUUACCUAGGUACCAAUAUUUCUACGGGUGAGGAAGUCGCUAUCAAGUUAGAAUGUAUAAAAACACGACAUCCACAGCUACAUAUAGAAUCAAAGUUUUACAAGAUGAUGCAAGGAGGUGUUGGAAUACCAACUAUAAAAUGGUGUGGUUCGGAAGGUGACUAUAAUGUGAUGGUGAUGGAGUUACUUGGACCAUCUCUAGAAGACUUAUUUAAUUUUUGUUCAAGACGUUUUUCUCUGAAAACGGUCCUGCUCCUUGCCGAUCAAUUGAUAAGUAGAACAGAUUACAUUCACAGUCGCAACUUCAUUCAUCGUGAUAUUAAGCCAGACAAUUUUCUGAUGGGUCUGGGAAAGAAAGGAAACCUUGUCUACAUUAUAGAUUUCGGAUUGGCUAAAAAGUAUCGUGAUGGGCGCACACACAAGCACAUACCCUAUCGAGAAAACAAGAAUCUGACAGGAACUGCUAGAUACGCGAGUAUAAAUACACACUUGGGAAUCGAACAGUCACGACGGGACGAUCUUGAAUCUCUAGGCUAUGUCCUCAUGUACUUUAAUAGGGGAAGUUUACCUUGGCAGGGAUUAAAAGCGGCAACCAAGAGACAAAAGUAUGAACGCAUUUCCGAAAAAAAAAUGUCCACUCCUGUUGAAGAACUUUGCAAGGGUUAUCCUGUGGAGUUUGCGUCGUAUUUAAGGUACUGUCGAGACUUACGCUUUGAGGAGAGACCAGAUUAUUCGCAUCUCCGACAACUUUUCCGGACAUUGUUUCAUGGUCAAGGCUUUACCUACGACUAUGUUUUCGACUGGAAUAUGCUAAAAUUUGGUAACGCGAGACAACCGACGUUACCCUCUGCGCAGCAAGCACCCAUGCAUUCGCAACCAUCUAAUGCGGUGCUGCCUUCUGGGACCAACAAUGAUCAGGAACAUCGAUCAAGACCCUACACGCGGCAAUGUUUGCCGAACGCGUCUGUAGCGACGGUAGGCCCGACGCUUGGACCGAACGCUAGUCUGCGAGCGAUCCGGCAGAAACGCGAGAUGGAGACUCGUGGCGACCAGGACAAUCAGGACAAGAGUGAUCUUCAAGGUAAAAUACAAUUCUACCAACAAUUCUGCGCAAACCAACAGAAUUUCGCUAUUGCCGAACGAAAAACGCAACGUAAUGUGACAGUCGAACACUCGCAACAGCCCGCGCCUGGCUGCAAUGAGACCGUCGCUGCUGCCGUCGCUGCGACACGCGUGGCAAAUCCAUGUCAGUUCAGUACAUUCAAGUCAACCACGCCGGGUAGUAAAGCGGCGCCGCCGCCACCGCCGCCGCCGCCGCCGCCAGACGUAGCGACUUCUCUAGAUCUGACCAAUCUCAAUUUAGGACGUAGUCGGGAAUUAGGUCCCAAUCGUACCGCUGAUUUAAAUCCCGCGACCACGUCUGGCCACUAUUAUCAGCCGAUGAUGAGUAGAACGCGUGAGAGAAGUCCGAACGCUGCGUCUCGCCAACUCGAUAAGCAGAGUUAUUUUUUUCAUGGGCAUAAAACUGAGAAAGACGUAGAUCGCGAGGUCGUGAUGUUUGAGGAUCUAGGGACAGGUGGUUCAAAUUGCAUUCGACGGGUGAUGGAUGACAGGAAUGAGGCCGCGAUGAUCUCAGGUGGCUCGAUGAAUUGCUUUGGUGGCCCGGAUAAAGAGAAAGAUUAUGCUGAUUACGACGUUGACAAAAAGCUCAAGGGUCCCACGGUGAGCGGUGCACGACGUCUUACUACCGCUUACGACACGCGUCGCGAUUCGGGAAACGUCGAGUUCCUCGAGAAGGAGGGUGAGAUUUUUAAGAAGAGCAGUAGCGAAUUAUUGCAGGAGGCAUCCACAAACAAACGUAGAAAUUUCUCUUUCCGUAACAAGGAAAAAACGCAUAGAAGUUUAGAAUCACUCGAAAGAAGCAUCGAUUAUCUACCACCCACCGCUGAUUGUAAGAGUCUGGACCUUCUACCGGAAGAGCGACAAAAAACUUUUUUCCAUGGUAAACAGAGAAGUCUCGAUUCGUCGCAAAAGUCGACGAAAAAGUCCGUCGAUUUAAUGGUGCUGAAUAAAACACGCAAACGACCCAGUUUCUUUCAACGAGUUGGUAGAAGUCUACAUUUUUUACCCAGGGAGCGCGAGAAACGUCAGGAUCUCUUGAAACGGGAGAAUCACCCGAUUAACAGCCAAUAUCCUCAGACCGAUCGGGAGAAGUGCGAGUAUUUUUUACAGAGGCAUCGGAAGGACGUUGAUUUUUUUGAGCGCGCAUCAACCGUGCCAAUUGAUCGUGCUCCCGUCCAGUCCAGUUCAGUUGGUUCUUUCGAUGAAGCAAACGUUACCAUACAAAAUUCCGUCGGUCAUCCUAAAGACGCCCAGCUCGAGGAGAGUACGUUUCGUGUGACAACAGAUUCGGAUAAUCUUUUAUACACGAAUACUGCAGAAAGAAAUAUAAGACGGAAUAAUUUAGGUGCGAGCGAAUCGUCACUGCGAUCCGAUAGUCUUAUCAAUGCUGCCGAACUGGUGCAAUCUAGACUCCUCGAUCCUGUAGCGAGUAUCGCCACGCAGGAAACCGUAAGCGGCAAUAAAGAUAGCUUAGAGAUCGGAUACUCUAUUAGCCAACUUGGCAGAUUGUACUUACAGAAUCUGCAGCAGGUAGGUUGUACGGAUGGUUUGCAAUCUCUAGAGAACACUGAAGCGGAGAAACGUGAACGCUAUAUAGAAUGGAUAACCAGAGACGAUUUGGACGCAUUGAGCCACGGCACGAAUUCCAGUGAUUCUUUGGCUCAUGGUAAACCGCAGGGUAACCUGGACAUUCUUAAGGGAAUUCUCCUCGACAUUUUCGUUGGUAUUUGCAUUUAAAAACGGAUAUACCUUACGAUCUUCAAAAAAUCUUCAAAAAAAAAAAAGGGAUAAAUGCAUCCUCAUACAUCACGUACUGAGCGAUCUCUCAUAUAUUUUCGUGCGUAAAAUUAUGCCAAGAUUUCGAUAGUUUCUCUCUAGAAGUAAAAAUAUUUUCUACGAAAGAGAUAGUAAUUUUCAUACUGGGUAUUUUGCACAAGUUAUAUAUACACACACAUAUUUUUUAUACAAUAUUAUAUGAUAUUCAUAACAGAUGCAUUUGUAUUCUUUGUAUCAUCUAUAUUGUCGAAUUAUUAAUGCAAAUAUGUAUAUUGAAAUCUUGGUCACUUUCGAACAAAAUUGCCUUAAAA